GUCACGGAAACUCCUCAACUGCUUUCAAUUCCUCAUCCAAUCGGACUGCUCUUUAUAAGUCUUCGUCAAGAGAGGAGAGCCACAAACCCACCUGCUUUUUGCCCUGCAAAACCUGAGAUUUGCCUGGUCUUGUUUGCUGCCCGGGGCGCAGUUUCUGGCGCUGUUUUCCUUGUUCCUUUGCUUCACUUUCCCGGAUUCUUUUGCGUCGUCUUUUGGGCGUGUUUCGCUUUGGGGUUUACCCGUUUGAGAAAUGGGUCGUUGGAGAAGACAACAAGGUGGAAUUCAUCAUCAAGAGGCUCAGGGGCCAAGAUCACAGAGGAAGCCACCACUUGGGGAUAAUUGGCAGUUAUCUGUGCCUUCCUGGGAAAAGAAAUUCUGCACAUCAAUUGGUUCAGUUCCAUGGCGAAAGCUCUUGGAAACCAAAAAGUGUAUGUAUCUUUAUGACAAUGUAGUUCAAUGGAAUGACUCUGCUGGUGAAGAGGCAUUUCACAAUGCAAAAAACCGGUAUUGGGCAGAGAUUAAUGGCCUUCCAUGUGACAUAUCAUUGCCUGAUCCUGAUAUUUAUAUUGAUGAAGUUGAUUGGAACUCCAUGAUAGAUCCUGAAUUGUUGUUGGAUUUGGAACGGGAACCUGAGGUUCAUACUGAUGGAGAUAAAGAUGAGAAGGUUUUGAUUCUUGGUGAUUCCGUCCCCUUGAACCAGUCUGUUCCUUGCACAGGAUGGGGAGAUAAAGAUGAGAAGGUUGUGAUUCCUGGUGAUUCCGUCCUCUUGAACCAGUCUGUUCCUUGCACAGGAUGGGGAGAUAAAGAUGAGAACGUUGUGAUUCCUGGUGAUUCCCUCCCCUUGAACCAGUCUGUUCCUUGCACAGGAUGGGGAGAUGCUGAAGAGGACUAUAAAAAAACUACUGAUGUACCUUGGCAUCCUGGAUAUGGAUAUUGUGACCACAAUGUGGAUAAAGCUAAUUCUUGGGAGCAUAAUCAUAGUCAGAGUAAUAUAGCCUUGAAAGAUAAUGGAUGGGGAUAUGAUCAGAAUGAUUCAUGGGGAUGGAAUCAGAAUCAGUGGAAAAAUGGUUGUAAUGAGUGGGAGAACAAUUAUAACGUGUCAAAUAACAUGGAUAGUGGGAAUGGAUACUGGGGAAUGUGGGAUGACAAUAGUAGAAAGAACCAAGGCUCUGAACAGUACAUGUCAAGGUAUAAAACCUCACGGUUUCAAGGCAAUGGGUAUCAAAUGGCGAAUGGAUGGCGAAAUGGCAGGGGAAGGAGGGUAAAUGUUGCAUAUGAAUGACCAUUUCAAUAUUUUUUUAAGGAGGAGAAAAAGAAGCCCUACCUCACUGCAAUGGAACCUGCACUCUUGCGGUUAUGCCAUUAUGUAUCCAGCAGAGUAGGAGAUCCAUUGAGUUGGGAUAAAUCAGUUUUGUGAAACCCUUUGAGUGUAUAAUAUAUUGUCUACUUGAGUUUGUUAUAUUCUUUGUGAUCAGUUGAAGAUAUGGUAUGUAAUAGUGUACUACAUACCCAGAAAAGUCCAAUGUAUUGUUCGGUUUAUGCUGCAAUUUUGUGGUUUGCUUGGUAAGACUCAGCAGAUUUUGAACAUGGAUUGUGCUGCUGGGUCAGGGGAGCAUUGUUAACAUGUUUAGUCUAUAUAAUUUCUUGUCAUAAAAUGCUGCUUUGCUGUGUAUAUAGCAAUCCCAAUGUCAAUGUUGAGGGUAUUGUAUUGUAAUUUAGGUUUAGAGAAUUGUAAGUUCUGAUAUAAGUUCAUUAAGAUUUUCGUCCAAGUAAUGAAUUGUUAUUCCCA